AUGGAAAUAGACUCAGGAAAAGGCCGCAUCAGCCUGAGUCCGCGGCGCGAGAGGGGCUCCGAUCGCCACGACCCAGAAAGCAUCGGCCCAUCAAAGCGCAAAGCUAGCGGCCCACGCCGCCGCCGUCCUACUCUUUGGGAUGUUCGCGAACCUCCUUACGGCAUCCCGAUGCCACCACCAGGUGCCGCAUCCUCAGUCGGCCAGCCCGUCGCUCGCCCAGGGGCUGUUCCUCCCCUUCGCUCAAGUGACGCAGGCCCUCGCGGUUAUGUACCAGGUCCUCACGAUAUUGUGCACGCGCCCAAGGAGGGAGAGACUGGCCCCCUUGCCGGGAUAAACGUUGAGGCGCUUCGCGCAUUGCUUAACCCUCACGGCAUAGGAAUGAAUGGAAGAGUGGGACACAUGGCCCCCAGCCACGGCGGUCAGAUAGCGGUUCACGCAGGCAAGGAUCACGUCCCACACACAGGGGGUGACGCCUCCGCGCUUGGAGGGUCACAGCUCCCCUCGCAGGUCUCACGGCACGCCCGAAGGUUGUACGUAGGGAACCUGCCACCGGACACGACGGAUUCGCAAAUCGGCGAUUUCUUCAAUCGCGCGCUGCAAGCCUCCAAAGGUGUCGAGUCAGAGGGCGACCCCGUAAUAUCCGUCUACAUGAAUCUAGAAAAGCGUUUCGCAUUCAUCGAAACGCGUACAAUUCGGGAAGCCGCGGCGGGCCUCGCGCUUGAUGGAGUGCGCUUCAGGGACAUGUUUCUGCGCCUGCGGCGACCAAACGACUACAACGCUGCGUUAGCGGGAAAUCCAAGGCCACCAGAUGGGUUUAAUCCGGGAGUUUUGGGGAUUGUAUCGACGCAGGUGAGCGAUGGCCCAAAUAAGGUAUUCAUCGGCGGCAUUCCGUACAAUCUGACGGAAGAUCAGAUUAAGAGUCUAUUGCAAACCUACGGACCGCUUGCAGCGUUUAACCUAAUCAAAGAACCGAGCACUGGGAUGAGCAAGGGAUUUGCGUUCUUCGAAUUCGUGGACCCAAGCGCAGUAGAUGCGGCAUGCUCUGGUUUACAUGGAAUGUCGGUAGGGGACAAGACGUUGACUGUCCGACGUGCAUCCAAUUCGUCUGGUGGGCAUAAUGCAACGCAUGCGUCAAUGGGAACAGGAGUUGCGAGAGAGGCAAUCGUCUCUCAAGCGCCUGUGAGCGCAAACGCACUCUUGACGUCUUCUACAACUGUAGUGGAACUACGAAACGUGGUGACGAGGGAAGAGGUUGAGAAUGAUGAAGAAUAUGAAGAUAUCAAGGACGAUAUGGAAGAAGAAGGGGGCAAGUUUGGAAAGCUCGAAAGUGUUGUCAUUCCGCGUCCGAGUGAUGGACCAGCAAUGGAGGCGGGCGUAGGAAGAGUGUUUCUGAAAUAUUCGUCCAAGGAAGAGGCUGAAAGAGCCCAUGCGACAAUGUCGGGACGCAGAUUUGGAGAAAACACAGUCGAGGCUGCAUUCUUUGACGAAACGCGGUUUGCAGACAGAGCCUUUUAG